AUGGCUGUUGCAAAGAACGAAAAGUCUGAGGCAAAAAAGAAAAGCCCUGGAAAGGGAAAACAGGAGAAAGCCAAAGUUGUUCCUGUCACACCGCCUCAAAAUGUAAAACAACGAACUGUGGUCACUCCUUGGCGAGACACGCUGGAAUUUAAUACAACGUACAAAUGGUUGUUUGGCAAGUCCAACACACCAGCCACAUGGCGUCAAGCACUCAGUAAAAUCCGCAUUUGGUGUCUGCGUAGAGGAAAUCUCUGCCCGGCAGCGGUUUUGGCCACAUCGGUGCUCGUUCAGGCACAAUUGGAGGACAAGGAGGGCAGCGCCAAGAUACAGGACACCUAUGCCAGUGCCUUUACACGAUUCUACAACUUUAUGUCCUCCAUUAUCCAGGGACACAACAUGACCAGCAUGUACGAAACGGCCAAGGAACUGGGCCUCCAGUCGUUCAUCGUUGAUCUGCGUCACUUGUGCGCCCAUGGACAGGAGCUGCCGCCUGUGGAGGUGCUGAGAAACACCUCGGUUCAUUGUCUGGAGUGGCUGCGCACCUACUACUGGUUGCCACACAUGGAAACCAUGUCCAAUUUGGAUGCUGGCAAACUGCACCGCAAGGACAAGCUUAAGUUUGAAAAGGCUGUGACAGAUCUACUGGAGAUCUACGAUCUGACCCUGGAGUGCCAUAUCAAGGGAGCUGAGAAACUAAAGGCCAUCAGCAAGCUAAAAUCCAGUGGUGAAUUCAAUAAGAUUCGAGUCUACUCCUCCAGCAAGAAGGCGAAGACAUCGAAAGAAAUUCUGAGUGCUGUGUUAGGUGAUCUAAGUGCGCUGGUCAAAAAGGAAUCCUCGUCGAUGAAGGAUCUGCUGGACAUAUAUACGAAAUGCCUGCUUAAAAUGGAAUACUUCCUUGGCGUUGGCCUGCAAAUCGACGACGACGAGGAUGCCAUCAUUGCAGCCACACAGGGACUCUUCCGUCUAUUGGCCGUGCAGGGAUAUACCGAAAAGGUUUUUUUGGCCCUAGUUCAACUGGCUGAAAACCAAAACGAGUCGGACCAAAGGCGAUUGGGAGCCAGCUACUGGGCAAAGAAAAUGUUGGAAACUUUUGGGAUGCUGUUCCGUAUGAAGCGCAUGUACAAAGCCGAACUAGAUUUGAACGAUAAGCUGAAACCAGCGGUCUUUGCCACCCUAAACACGGAUCAAAUUUCAAAGACAAUGCGCAGUCUGUUAGUACACUCAAAUGUGGAUCUCUCGGUUACCCUUGUUUUUGGCGAUAAUCCCAAAAAGUCCAGGUCUUUGGUUUUUGAUCGCGAUUUUAUUAAGCAGCGUGUCAAUGCAUUUAGCAAUUUCUCAGCGCCCAUUCUAAAAGGAUUAAUACCGCUCGUUGAUCCUCCAUACACCAAGACGCAAGCUGAGGAUUUAACCAAACUCUGCGAUGCACCGCUGGAAGAAUUUUAUGGGGAGGAAGCCAUAGAAGAAGAUAGUUUAUCAGAGGAGAGCAACAAUCAAGACUAUUUGGAACAAUUUUUGGGACAAGCAGCUCAAGGCAGAGAGCAUAAAUCAGAAUGGGGAGUUUGGAAAUUAGACAAGCAUACCGAUUGGCCCAAGUGUGCAUUGGGUGUGCUGCCUUGGGCUCAAUAAAUACGCAGAUUAAUAUUAAAUAAAGUAAAUAAUAAAAUCAUUACUAGAUCCAGA